AUGAUGUCUCGAUUCCUGGACUAUUUCGCUCUUGGGAUGAAAAUGAGUUUUAUAAAUGUUUCACCGCUGGCUGAGGGUGUGACACCGCUGGCUGAGGAUGUGUCACAGCUGGCUGAGGAUGUGUCACAGCUGGCUGAGAAUGUAUCAUCGGUGGCUGAGAAUGUGUCAUCGCUGCCUGAGGAUGUAUCACCGGUGGCUGAGGAUGUGUCACAACUGGCUGAGUAUGUAUCACCGGUGGCUGAGGAUGUGUCACAGCUGGCUGAGUAUGUAUCCCCGGUUGCUGAGGAUGUGUCACAGCUGGCUGAGGAUGUGUCACAACUGGCUGAGUGUGUAUCCCCGUUGGCUGAGGAUGUGUCACAGCUGGCUGAGGAUGUAUCAUCGGUGGCUGAGAAUGUGUCAUCGCUGGCUGAGUAUGUAUCACCGGUGGCUGAGGAUGUGUCACAACUGGCUGAGUGUGUAUCCCCGGUUGCUGAGGAUGUGUCACAGCUGGCUGAGGAUGUAUCACAGGUGGCUGAGAAUGUGUCACAACUGGCUGAGUAUGUAUCACCGGUGGCUGAGGAUGUGUCACAACUGGCUGAGUGUGUAUCACCGUUGGCUGAGGAUGUGUCACAACUGGCUGAGUAUGUAUCACCGGUGGCUGAGGAUGUGUCACAACUGGCUGAGUGUGUAUCCCCGGUUGCUGAGGAUGUGUCACAACUGGCUGAGUAUGUAUCACCGGUGGCUGAGAAUGUGUCACAACUGGCUGAGUGUGUAUCCCCGAUUGCUGAAGAUGUGUCACAGCUGGCUGAGGAUGUAUCAUCGGUGGCUGAGGAUGUGUCAAAGCUGGCUGAGUGUGUAUCCCCGGUUGCUGAGGAUGUGUCACAACUGGCUGAGUGUGUAUCCCCGAUUGCUGAAGAUGUGUCACAGCUGGCUGAGGAAGUAUCACCGGUGGCUGAGGAUGUGUCACAACUGGCUGACUGUGUAUCCCCGGUUGCUGAGGAUGUGUCACAACUGGCUGAGUGUGUAUCCCCGAUUGCUGAAGAUGUGUCACAGCUGGCUGAGGAAGUAUCACCGGUCGCUGAGGAUGUGUCAAAGCUGGCUGAGAGAUUGUCACCGCUGACUGCUGAGAGUGUAUCCCUGGUGGCUGAAGAUGUGUAA